AUGGAGAACUACCCAUCCACACCGCCGCACACCAGCUACCACGACAGGCGCCUGGAGCUCGCCACGCGCAAACGCCGCAAGGAGAAGGAGGAAGAGUCGCAGGGUCGUGCAGAAAUAUCAACGAGAAAGACUCUUGGCAACGUCAUCUCCGUGAUACAACACACCAACUCCCUGAGCCGCGGCCACAUGGAACUGACCUAUCACAGCAGCCCGUACUAUCUCGCUCUGGAGGCCAGCGACGGCCCCGAGAUGGAGAGAGACAGUCCAGAGAAGGCUCCGGAAACCCCCGCCAAAGAACCAGAGAAGCAGGUGGUGGAGGAGUUCCAGUGGCCUCAGCGCAGCGAGACAUUAGCUCAGUUCCUCCAGAGAAACUGCCCCAAAGAAAGAAGAGGCUCCGCCUGGCGGAUGAUGGAGCACUCGUCCGGAGAGUCCAGCUUCGAGUCGGCAUGCACCUCUCUGUCCCGCAGCCCGAGCCAGGACAGCAACCUGUCUUACAGCUCCACCUACAGCUCCUCGUUCUCCUGCGACUCGCGCGAGGACGGCGGCCGGGCGCAGGACGACUGUGGGAAGGAGCUGCUGUCCGUGCCGAACAGCGGCACUCUGUCGUUACUGCAUCAGCGACAACAGAACGAGAUGCGGCGCUCAGCGUCGGAGCAGGCGCCGUGUCACCAGCGCAGAGAGCUGCCCGAGGUCCGCAGCGUGUCCUUCGACUGCGGCAAUCUGGACCCGACUGCCGCACCCCAGUCUGCUCUGGUCCCAGUGCGCAUCCAGACCAACGUGCCGGCGCUCAGCAGCCUGACCUACACCACAGUGUCGCAGGUGUUCGACCAUCACAGCGAGGCCCUCGGCCUCUUUUCCCCAAACACUCAGGAUCCUCAGCGCGAGCACGGAGCAGACGCUGGAGGCUCUGGACUUGUCCUCGGCAAAACUGAAGACAGGAAUCCCUCUGUCGCUGACGUCGCGCACCAUCUCCACCACCAACGCCUCCAGCGGUGCCAACAAGCGCAUGCUGUCCCGGCCAGCAGCCUGGACCUGGUCCUGGAGGUGAAGCAGCAGAAGCGCGUGAAGGAGGAGCGCAUGUUUGGACAGAUUGCAGAUGAACUGAGCGCCCGUGGAGCUCGGCAACAGCAGCGAGGAAGCCCAUGGACGUGA